UCUUAUUUUUUGUUUAGUUUUUUUGUUGUUGUUUUUGUUUAUAAUAAUAAUAAUAAUGUCUUUUACCCGAAACAAUGUCCUACUAAUCGGCGAUUCGGGUGUCGGCAAGACAUCAUUGGUCGGCCAGUUUUGCGACAAUCAAUUCAACGACCAUCAACCGGCCACCCGUGGCGUAGCCUUCCGAUCGGUCGACUAUACCUACGAUGGCCUGCACUUGAAGAUAGCCGUCUGGGACUCGUCAGCUCUGCCCCAGUAUAGACUGGUCUCACGUCUAUACUAUACGGACGUGUCGGCGGCUAUUAUCGUAUACGAUGUAACCAAACGGAUGACCUACGAGAGGACAAACUACUGGAUAAACACCAUUAGAGAACAGUCGUCGAUAUUGAAGUACAUAAUAAUUGUUGGCAACAAAACCGAUUUACGGGAUCGGUUCGAUGGCGAACAUGUUGGCCGCCAGGAUGGCCAACAGUUGGCCAAUAGACAGCACACAGAGUUUGUCGAAUGUUCGGCAAAGUUCGGACUGGGAGUCGACCAACUGUUUUGCCGGACAUUCGACGGUAUGAUUCGCCGCUAUGUACUGACACCGAUAUUGUUGGCCUCAGCCAACAACUCAUCGGUUCGGGUGAAAUACAAGGCAAUCGUAUUGGGCGAUCAGGGUGUCGGCAAAUCGGCAAUUGUUGACCGACUGUGCGGCGGUCACUCGGCAGCUGCAGCGUUGAGCACCGGCAAGAGUGGCCAAGAUUUGCGAGGCGGCGGCGCAAAUGGCGGCGGAACACAGUUUCAAUCGGCCAUCGCUAAGGUCAACAAGUGUUCAGUGGAACUGGAGUUUUGGGAUACCAGUGGACAGGAUAGUCAUCGACAAUCGCUGGCCGACCUGAUGCCAAUGUACUCCCGGAGCGCRCACACCGUUAUACUAGUCUAUGACAUACAAUCUCGACAGUCGUUUGACAAUUUGUAUGGAUAUCUUGAUCUGUUGACAGCAUCGGGUUCCGAAUCUGAUGGCCAAAACGAUUGCUGGCCACUGGUUGUACUAUUGGGUAACAAACGGGACGGUAAGGCCGGAACUGGCGCCGCCACCGCCGACCGACAAGUGACCACUGGCGAGGCGGUCGAGUUUGUCGAAAACAAUAUGAAUAUUAUCGGUAUUUUUGCGGAAAUAUCGGCCAAUUGUGACAAAUCCCCGGCAUUUGCUAAACUAUUGACCAAAAUAUGUCGCAAUUUGCUGCUAUCCUAUCCCGACAACAACAACACCAGUAACAGCGCCAACUCCAACAUACCGGUGCCCAAUAUAUCUGGAUUAAUGCAACCAUUGAAAAUCAAAUCAAAAUUUACUAAACAUUAUAAAAGUUGCGAUAUUAUUGUCGAUAAUAAUAAUAAUAAUAAUAGACGUAAACGAUUAAAAAAUUGGUUUAAGUGUGGAUCCAAAUCUAUUGAUUAUUAA